CUCUAAGGGAAUUAUUUGUGACGUGACUGCACGCGCUUUGGAGCCCAAUUACGCGCGUCUAGAUUGCCAAUCUCGAUCCCUGUCCCCAACCUCCACCGUGUCAAGAUGACUUCUCCCUAUCUGACCGCGCUCAGAGAUCUGGAAACGCGAUACGAGACGCUCGUAGCCAAGCUGGAGCGCGUCAACAAGAAGUACUCCGACUCACACGAAGACGACAGCAAGGAACUACUGGCGAUCAUGUCCGCCGCCUGCAAGAAUGCUCGGGACGCGGCCAAGCAUCCCAACGCGUUGGACACUCUUCAGAAUCUCUUGCAGGGAACCAACGCUCUGCUUGACAAGGCGGUCGACACAGCGUACGAUUCAGAUGGGAAUUCUUCGACUUCAUGCCCUCGCGAUGAAUUUCUUGAGAUAAUGAAGGCCGACAUCAUGCGUAGGCUACCGCCCGGUGCAGCCCCACCAGUUCUCAAUGUCCCGAGACCGGCUGAGUUUCACACGACACCUAAGCCCCAUAGCAACACCAGCCCGCUUGCUCGCUUCAGGUCUGACGAUGCCAUCCCGGCAAUUCCCUCGUCCGCCUCAGUGGCGCAAGCCGUAUACUACGGCUGCUGCUCCAUCAGUAGCGAAGAGCGCAUGCCCCCUCCCGGCCGCAUUAUUACAGCGCCCAACUCGGACGUUCUCUUGAUGACCGGCAGUACCGGUUACAAGGAGCGCGACCCCUUUGUCGACUAUUAUGACCUGUCUACCGCGCCGUCCGGCAAGGGCAUGCCCAAGGACAAGGUCCUCAAGAAGAUUGGUCUUCUCGACAUCGCGCAUAAUAUCGCAAUCGACACGAACCGUAAGCUUUUGUGGGCAGCGGACGAGGACCGCGCCAAAAGCUUCAGUUACGACCCCAAUAACCUCCUUCUACCCGUACACACACUUGACUGCGAGCGCUCCGGCCCGCUGGCUAUAGUUGAUGGCGGAGCGCGCAUCCUGCGCGGGGGAGAAGGUGGCAUCGACGUCUGGAAUAUCGACCAGCUGCCCACGCACGGGCCGGACGGCUCCAGUCGCAUCGGCAAGGGGAAGAUCUCGUUAGGGGAUACGUGGCGCGACAUCGAGGACACCGACUACGUCGAGCGCUCAACCGGCACGCCUCGAACGUCCUCCAUCGACUUCUCCGGCUCGAUCGACCAGUGGCAUCUACCCUCGUGGUGGAAUACGGGCGGUACACUGAAAGCAUUGACCGCCGCCGAGAAGGAUCAGUCGACGGUGCUGGCGCGCGACUUGCGGGAUGGGGCGAAGAUCACGAUGCGCCAUCUAGGACACGGCGGGUCGAUCAAUAGCGUCACUUCCAGCGACGAGGACCCGAACUCGUUCCUCACAGCAGCGAACGAUGGCUUCGUCAGGAUGUUCGACGUGCGCGAGCCCACCCCGAAGUUGACCAUCGAUGCCGGCGAACGUUCCGAAUUCAUUUUCUCGGCUCUCUACGUCCAUGUCAAUGGUAUACCAGUCAUUUUCACCGGCGGCGCGUACAAGACCCAAUGUAUCCGGGUCUGGGACCCGCGUGCGAAGAAAACCGUUUACGAGCUCGCCACUGGCAAUAACUUCGUACAGAGCCUCGCCUGGGAUGCGCCGCGCUCCACGCUGUACGCGGCCACCGAGUGCGACGCUCUCGACCGCGCUGGCACUCGACAUGGGUAUCGCAUUGCGCGCAUCCCAGUCGACGACGAUGGCAUUCAUGACGAGCGGGGCAAGCCGGCCGAGGAGCCUCCAAAGAAGAGAGCGAGGAUGGAUGUGGGAGAUGGGGACGACUCCGACGACUCGUUCGCGAGCGAGGAUGAGUACGACGAGGAGAGGGGCUGGCCAAAACGGUCUUACCACGAUGAGAAGUACUUUGGGUAUGCUUGGGAUUGUGGGGACCAUCGGUUAAUUCGCUACAGAUUUGGCCUUGAUGCUGACCCAACCAUCGUUCCUGAGUACGGUGAUGCAUAUCCAGGAGAAGAGAACAACAACUGGUAGAUGUCCUACUACUGUUUAUUGCAUCCUCCGCAUCGACACCGUUCUCCGUACGGAGGCCAAAUCACAUCGUAAGAUAUAUACUACAGAAUUGUCCCCAACUCGGCGUUCGGACAGGUGCAAUUCGAAGCAACUGUAAGUGUACUAUACGGGAAUCACGAUGAGGG